CCUGGGGACUACUCCCCCAGGCCGGUCGUUAAAAAAGAAGAAGGGGAGAAGAAGGAAUAUGCUGUUAAUUUCACUGCUACUAAUUCUAAGUUCUACCACUAAUGAUGUCAUCAGUGCUUGUGAAUUUGGAGUACCUCAUGAAGUAACAUCAUACACUGUCAAUAGAUAUGGUAGCUCAUCUGGUACACAAGUAUAUCUUGGAUUAGAGAAUUCAGCUUCAUGUGGAGGAUGCCUCAGAAAUUACACAAUAUGUCAAUUGAAUAGAAUUGUUGGUAGGACAAUGACACCAGGUAAUUUAUCCAUCUGGGAACCAGCAGUACCUUUUAUUGAUGGUUUAAAAGCAUUUAGCAAGAUUAAAAGCUCUGAUAUCCAACUACCAUUGGCAGUGAACAACACUUGUGGUGUUGACCCAACAGUGACACCUCUUAAUCCUUCUACUCCAUUACCUGCCCGGGAAGUUAUUUGCUUUCAGUAUUGUUUUCCUGAAAACUCUGCUAUAUUAGUGAGGCCAGGAAGUGUCCCUGGGAUUACGUAUCCUAAUGGUAUUACCUAUUCACUGGGCCAAAUAUUAUCAAUUAAUACAAGGCAGACUGAGGGGCUAUGUGUUGGAGGGAAUCAUAGGUUAUCAUUGGGUGAUCUUGUUGAAGUAACUUGUCCUUUAUCCCCAGCUAAUCUUACUACUGGUCUACUAGCUGGAGCUGGUAUUGAGCCAAUUUAUUGUCCUGGAUUAUCUCUACAGUAUGGUAGCAUUAAUAUCUCUGGUCCUUACUCUUAUGGUACUGGCAUUGAAUACACUUGUCAGACUGGUUUCCAUCUGGUUGGUGUUUCCAGUCAAACCUGUUUGUCCAGUGGAGACUGGAGUGAUGAAUUACCUUAUUGUAAUGUACUCAACUGUACUGACCCAGGAGUACCUAGUAAUGGGAAUUGUGUUGCAGUUACAAAUGGUUUCAAUAAUGGCUCCUUGAUUGUCUUUAGUUGUGACAAUGAUUUCACACUGAGAGGUAGUGAGUCAAUACUCUGCUACUAUGGCUCAUGGACUGCUUCAGUUCCAGAGUGCGUGCAUAUAAACAACACUGAAGCUCCAACAACUGUAAAUAAAAAUAAUGGAGUUGUUAUAGUGGUUGGACUUACUGUAUCAACUAUUUCAGUAAUACUUGUUGUUAUUUUAAUCAUAACACUAGUAAUAGUAAUAGUUAUGUUCAAGAGUAAAAUAAAUAAUAUUGAGAAAAGAAAUGCUACUGUCAAUAUGAUUAGAACAGAAGAAAGUCCAGCUUAUAAUGUCACGAUUAAUAGUAACGACGAUAUGCAAUAUAAUAAAGCAUAUAUUGCAGCACAGUCACUUGAGCAAGACUAUGCAAAAAUAGAAGAUAGUCUAACUGAUGAGCAAACUGUUAAUUGAUUAAUUUGCAGCAUUAAACUGAAGCCAAACAAAUGCACAAGCAAAAAAUAUUUUUAUUUUGUGUGAAAACAUUUAAUCAGAGAAUGCACAUAACACCAGGAUGUUCCAUGCACAAUAUUGAUGCUAUAA